AUGGCCCCACUUUCGGGGCAUGAUGCGCCGCAGGAUCGGGUCGUUGAGGAUUUGGUCCUUUUGAAGACUAUCGACAUGCCUUCUGUCAUCCAAAACCUCCAAAAGCGCUAUGAUGCCCGGCGGAUAUACACAUACAUCGGCGAGACGCUUGUGGCUGUGAACCCCUAUCAGACCCUCAAUAUUUAUGAUGAUGAAUAUAUCAAACGCCACAAAAGCCGAGAAAUAUUCGAGGUCAGCCCUCACGUCUAUGCUCUGGCAGAAGCUGCAUACCGCAAUGUCAAAAGAUUUGGCCGAAAUUCAUACAUCGUCAUUACAGGCGAAUCCGGAUCCGGAAAAACGGAAACCUGCAAACUCAUCAUGCGAUACAUCGCAGCCGUCACCAACGAGAAACGAAAGACCGACAUCAAACUGGUGAAAGACACGCUGAUGAUGUCGAACUGUAUUUUGGAAAGCUUUGGAUGCGCAAAGACAAAUCGCAAUGAUAAUUCUUCCAGAUUUGGAAAAGUAUUCGAAAUUGUUUUUGACAUUGACGGCGAUCCAUUCCGUGGCUUUAUCUACAGUUAUUUACUGGAAAAGCCGCGCGUUGUCCGGCAGCAAUCGGGGAAAGAAAUUUUCAUAUUUUCUACAAUAUGC